AUAGCUGGCUGAGCUUGUGUUACACUGCAGACGUGAGCCGGGGUUAUUCGGUGUGUGUGUGUGUAUUGCUCAUCGCGGGGUCAUACGGCGAUUGCUGGACUUCUGACAGAGAUAUGGACUUAGCCAAGGCCAUCCUCUUGCAAGCUUCUGGCAGCAGUCAUAAGGUGUGUAGGAAUAUUUUCGGCAGCGUGGACCAUGAUCAGCUAAAGGCAGACUUUGAAAAACAUAUGAAGAGCGCAGCUGAAGAGGCCAAGCAAAGGUGGAACUUUGACUUUGCCAAUGAAGCUCCACUGGAAGGUAAAUAUAAAUGGGAAAAAAUGGAGUACAUAUUAAAUGAAAACAACAACCAAACUACCUGUGCAAUGGACAGCAAGAAGGGAGAUGAGUACAUAUUAAAUGAAAACAACAACCAAACUACCUGUGCAAUGGACAGCAAGAAGGAAGAUGAGUGUCCAGAGAAAAGCCUGAAGACCUGUAAUAGUCUUUCACUACAUGAAUUGUGCAAGAAUUUAGACAGCAGUGAGUCAAUCUGUGGAAAACGGAAACAAAAGCUUAUCACCGAUUUUUAUCCCGUGAAACGGAGACGUUCACCCUCUCCUCCUCCAAGAGAUGAUAACCCAUGAUUGGCUGCAGUCUGAAUUUUGCAAGUCUUCUUUUCCAAGCAUUCUUUCUCAAGACAAGCUUAAAAGUACAAGAUUUCCAUAUCUCACUUUCAGGAUAUAAGAUCUCCCACAUUGCAGAGACAAUACCUGGACUUUUAUGCAUUUUGCACAUACAUAUAUAGAACACACUUGUUUGCAUUAGCAACCUAAAAGUUAUUUUUGGGUGAAUGAAGGGGACUAAUGUUUGUAUUUUUUCCUUUUUAUUUAUUUUUUAGCUGAAAAAUACUUUUUUUUGUGACAUUUGGAAAACCUUUGCCUACUUUUGGUAUUGUGGUUAAGCCAAAAUACAAAAUCCUCCAAAACUCUUCAAAAGCUUUUAAUCCAUCUGGCAGUUUGAGCAGUAAAUUGAUAUAUUGAUAGUGAAUGCUAUAUACCUUUGCUGUUUUUCUGCCUGCACUAAA